UAUAGGCCUACUAGCCUACAUUACACCAUGCCACAGUCCUAACUUGUAGGCCUAGCCUAUGUCAACUUCAAGAAAUCAUUUGACACCAUGGAUUGGUUUUCAGUAAAAAGGAGGUGAAAGAACUUCAAUAUUUCCAUUCUUGAUCAUGUUAAAACAACAACAAGCCAUUGAUAACCGAAAUGACCUGGAGCAGACAUUUGAAAAAUACAUUUCAGAUACCUUUACCUACAUUCAUAUAACCAAGACAUUUUGUGAUAAUAAAAUUAAAACAUGGUAUCUCCAGAGAGCAGAAAAUCUGGAUACAAUGAAAGGUAUCAAAGACAACGCUAAUAAAAGUAGUACGAAGCUCAUACCAGGCAGACGUCAGAAGCUAGAGAAAGAUCUGGGUGAUGUUCUGAAGAGCACUCUGGAUGGUCUGAGCGACAUGCUGCUUUUCCUGGAAGCUGUGGAAAAGCUGUCGGUAACAUCAGCCUUCGUAUUCACUGAUGCCUGCUCCCUGCCCAUAGGAGUUAGUGCUGAGCAUGUACACUCAGUCAUCUUUGCUGCAAGAAUGGCCGCUUCUCUCAUGGUCCACUUCAAGAGGGAUGACAGGACUUUUUUCAUCCCCAGCCUGAGUAACUUGGAAGUGCAGGUGUGCUAUCUGGACAAAUACAUGUCCCUCUUACAGCAGAUCUGUAAAGGAAUGGAAGAAAGUAUGAAGAGUAUCCCAAGUGGUAAGAGACUCCGAUGGCCUUACAACAGCCAAGCCAUGCGAUUUAGCAUGUAUAAAGACGAACAUGUUCAGAAGAUGAUGCGCCAUUGCAGACAGCUAGACAUCAUCAGAAAUGACCCAGAUUUCAGGCUGACAUUCCUCUUCCAGGGAUCUGCUCAGCUCUUCAUCUCUGAAUUCAGACAAAGCAAGGGGAGAAUGCAAGAUUUUCUUUCUGAUCUGGAGGAGUGUGCAAGACAGCUGGAUAACUUGAAAUUCAGAGUCAAUAUCUCCAGUGUGGCCGGCAGUUCACUGAGCAUUGUAGGGGGUAUUUUGUCCAUAGUUGGCAUGGCUCUGAUUCCUGUGACAGCAGGUGUUUCUUCAGUGCUCACUGUGGCAGGCAUAAGUUGUGGGGUGACCAGUGGCGUUAACAGUCUGGUCACAGGAGUGGCUGAAAUGACUGUGAGUAAAAAACACAGAGACCGUUCUGAAACUACCUUUCAAUGCUUCAUGAAGGAUGUUCAGACAUUGGUAGUUUGCAUGGAGAAAGUAGCAAGCAGUGCAUGUCCUGCUAAUCGAUCAGAGCAAAUAAGAGCAUUAAUAAAUAACAAAGGAGACAAUACUGUCAAGAUAGGGCAGGCAGGUGCUAAUCUCUAUAGAAUUGGAAAUAGAAUAGAGAACGUACUUGAUAGUGGUGGGGUGGCCAAAGGGACAUCUCUCAUGUCAAAGGCAGCACGGUCUGGCUUUAUUGCCCUCAAUGCACUUUUCAUUGGCCUCGAUGUCUUAUUCAUUUGUAAAGAUAGCAUAAGUCUUUCAAAAGGGAGCAAAAAUGAGAUGGCCCAGCUGAUCCGCUCCAGGGCUGCUCUGUGGCGCUCAGAGCUGGACUCCUGGGAGAAGAUCCACGACUCUCUGUGCAGAGGGCUUAGGGAGUUUAGCAGCAGUCAGGAAAUCCUGGAGCAGCCAUUUUACCCCAAGUAAACCCCAGAGACAGAGCCAGAACCAGAGUCAGAACCACAACCAGAACCAGAAAUUACAGCCAUGUGCACACUGAUUUUCCUAUUCAUAGUUCUUAUUUCUAAAAUCUUAUUUCUUUAAGAAUGUGGCAUUUGUCUGCUGUCUGACAUCAUUCAUCUAUAGAUAUGAAGGGGGAGGGGUCAAGUUGGGAAACAAUGUCUAUACAGGCACAUUUUGAUUGAUUGAUGAAUUGCCAUGUCUGUUUUCAGUAAAGUACAGUGUGUACAUAGAUUAAUUGUCCCUGAUCAUUACUAUGAAGUAGGCCUAGGCCUAAUAGUUCUACAUUAACCCAUUCUGUUGAUCAUUUGGUUCACUUUUGAAGUGUCUUUGUAGUGUGAAUUUAUUUAAGUGUAAAUGAUCUUAUAAGCUUGGGUCUGCAUUUAAUAUAAAUUAUUAGCCUUUAAUAAUCAGCUUGUUGGCCUUUCUGCAUUUGAUGUAUCCUUAACCGUUAAUCAUUGAACUCACCUGAUUUAACAAUUAUUUUGUAGUCAAAUAGGUUAUGUUGAUGAAUCAUAUGUAUUUGUAAUUGAUAUUGUUUGAUGUUUCACUAAUGAUUUAAUGAAACUUGUGAUUUCUUGAGAUUAUUAAACAUACAAAAUAUUGUUUGA